UCUCUGCUUCGAACAACAACCUCGUGCCAACCUUAAGCGAGGACCGCUGUCGGAGAAAGGCUAUAUGUGGGUUGCAAGGAGAGGAGACGAACAAAGAUGGGCUUCUUGAACAAGUACUUGCGCCGAACCUCCAAAAAAACGAACUCGGAAGACAGGCUCGAUGAUGACCUCCGCCAGCUGCUCAAGAAGCUCCCCAACUCCACCAAGCGUAACCUUAUCCAAGACUUGAGCAACGGCGAAGGGGGCUCCUCCCGAAUCCUGUCGGCUCAGACACGAGGGUUCAAGGACCGGAGGGCAUCCGAACCGCAGUUCGCGGCGAUCAUGGAGGCGGCUUCCACUGUAGUCGCGGAAAAGGAAAAGUCCGCGAAGGAUUUCGCGGACUCCCUCAUGGAGGUAGAAGACCUGCCGGAGCUGAAGGAGAUAAAGGAGCUCUACAGGGCGCUCAAGAAGGCCGACGAGGAUUGGGUCGCGUCCUUCCGAGAUAAUAGGGGCGUGGCCGGCAUCUACAAGGCUAUGGCGGAGCUAGCGCAGAGCCGCGAAGACUACUUGGACAACGAUGGCGACGACGACAACGACCAUGAGGUGCCCGAAGAAGAGGUUAAGCUGGAGGAGGAGCUGGUGCACUGCGUUAUGAUCCUGCUCAACAAGCCGCAAGGCCUGAUGACCCUCGAGGCCAGCUCUGACCUGCUCCCCCUCCUCGCGAGGAGCGCAAUCGACUCGUGCAGCAACUACGUGAGGUGCAACCUGCUGAAGCUGCUGACCAUCGUCACGGAGAGCGGGCCGAGUGGCUUCGAGACGGUCACCAACGCAUUAGACCACGUGAAGGUGGACAAGGACGAGGACCUCCGAUUCGCCUUGCUCGUUGAGGCGUUCGGCGACGCGGAUAGCUCGGGGGUAGCCCUGAUAACGGACCUGGUGGUGUUCUUCAACACCAUCUUGUCGAGCGCGUUCGAGUUUGAAGAGCGAGUCAUGCUCCGGACCGAGAUGAUAUCAGCGGGGGUGCUGGAGGCGAUGCAGCGCGUCCGGGACUACUUCGGCCUUUCCUCCAAGGACGACGACAGCGAAGGGACGGAAGACGAGUGGGGGGACGAGGGUGGGCGGCGCAGUCGCCGCAGCAGCUUGAGCAGCGACGGUAGCAUGUCUACGCUCAUGAUGGACGCUGCUCUGGUGUCGGAGACAAACGAGCUCGCGGCUCAGCUGGACCUCUUUGACACGGUCAUGCACGAAGACAUGAAGGACGCAAUCUCCACGGGGAUGACGGAGGAAGGGGACGGUGGGGACGGCCACGGGAGUGAGGCGGGAGGGGACGACGGCGGCGGCGGCCGCGGCGGCCGCGGCCCGUUCGUGGAGUUCGCGCCCGAUCCCCCGGCCGUGGCUUCGAUACGCUCGGCGAUCGACAAGCUGCAGGACAAGGAGGAGACUCGCCUUGUGGUGGAGAUCAUCGCCGCCAACAUGGAGAGGAUGGUGGACAUCAAGUGCACCGACAACCACUGGAAGAAACUCAGGGACGCGUCCAAGUCGGCGCUGGACACGGCCUUCAUGGAGAGCGACAGCGACGACGACGACGACGGUGGGUUCGGCGGCAAGCCGACCUCCAAGACCCCCGCCGCCGCCGUACCUGCACCGGCGUCGCGCUCCGCCCCGUCGCCGCCGGGACCGCCGCCGCCUUUGCCGGGUAUGCCUGCGGCGCGCGCGAUCCCUGCACCUCCGGCCCUGCCGGGCAUGCCUGCGGCGUCCGCGAUCCCCGCCCCGCCGGCCUUGCCUGGAAUGCCCGCUCGCGGCGCGAUCCCGGCGCCGCCCGCCUUGCCCGGCAUGCCUGCGGCGAGCACGAUCCCCGCCCCGCCGGCCUUGCCCGGAAUGCCCGCUCGUGGCGCGAUCCCGCCGCCUCCGGCCCUGCCUGGAAUGCCUGCGGCGUCCGCGAUCCCCGCCCCGCCGGCCUUGCCCGGAACGCCCGCUCGUGGCGCGAUCCCUCCCCCUCCGGCGUUGCCCGGCAUGCCUGCAGCGGGGGGAAUCCCUCCCCCGCCGGCGUUGCCCGGAAUCCCGGCGCCUCCCGCCCUGCCCGGCGUGGGCGGCGGUGGCCUACCUAUGCCGCCCCCGCUCCCGGGCAUGGGCGGGCCGCGGGCGCCGCCGCCGCCGUUGGGCCUACCGGUGCCGCGAGGGCUGGCGCCUCCGCCGAAGCUGCCGGUGAAGCCGAAGGGUCCCAAGAGACGCCCGGUUCACUGGGACAAGAUCGCGCCCGCGAACCUGGAGCAGACGGUGUUCAGCGAGAUCGACCCCAGCUCGGUGAACCUUCCCACGGAACUCCUGGCUGAGUCUUUCGCCGAGAAACCUAAAGAGAAGCCCGCCGACAAGGACGUCAAGGAGAAGGAGGCCGCGGCUGCCGCAGAGGCGGCGAAGAAGAAGAAGAAGGCCGAGAGGGUGGAGCUGCUGGACGGGAAGACGCUCCGGAACACCGGCAUCGCCUUCAAGCGAUUCAGGAUGAAGCCUCACGACUUGCGAGACUCGUUGGUGGCGAUGGAUCUCGACAAGUUUGACACGGACAAGUUCAUCGCUCUCCGCAACAUCUCCCCCAGCCCGGACGACCUGCCGACGCUCAAGGGCUACGAGGGUGAUCUCGACAAGCUUGACGAGGUGACCCUCUUCAUGGUGCUGACCGCCAGGAUUCCCCGGUACACGGCCCGGCUGGACUGCGCCCUCUUCAUGAAGGGCUUCUCCAGCGACGCCGAUUUCCUGAGCGAGAAGCUCGGGGUGGUGAGCAUCGCCGUCCUCGAGGUGGUGGACUCUCCCCGGCUCAAGAGGUUGAUCGAGGUGGUGCUGGCCAUGGGCAACUACCUGAACGAGGGCACGAGGAACGGGGAGGCGAAGGCGAUCAAGCUUGCCUCGCUGCUCAAGCUCGACACCGUCAAGACAAUGGACAAGAAGAAAACGUUGCUUCACGUGCUGAUGAGCUGGGCGAAGGACAAAGAGCCCGACCUGCUGUUGAUGGACCGAGACCUGGAGCACGCCUCUGAGGCAUCGAAUUGGAGCCUUACGGACCUCAAGCAGCAGGUAACCCAACUGACGAAGGGGUUCACGCUGAUGCAAGCCCAGCUGAAGAUGGCGAAGGGCGGUGUGAGCAAGCUGGAGGGCGACAAGUUUGCGGACGUUGUGGAACCGUUCCUCGAGAAGGCGAAGAGCCAAAUGGAAUCGCUGGAAGCGGACUACGAGCGCGUGCAGGGGGAGUACAACAACGCCGCCAAGAGGUUUGGAGAGGACCCCACGAAGGUCCCCAGUGGCGACUUUUUCGCGCUCGUCUCGGUGAGAGGUUUUAAUGCUAACGCCAUCGCUGACGCUAACGCUACCAUCAAUGCAGCAAGGACUUCGGANCGUAGUCGUUAG